AUUUGGUCUACAGCUUCUUCUCAUCGUCUUUUCGACAUGGGCGGCACUGUGUGUAUUGUCCGUCAAGCCUGGCAUACCGAGUACCAUGUCUGCGCAUACACCAUUCAACAAUGCACUACCAAAACUUAUGGGUGUGGUUUCUAUCUUUGCGGGCGUGGCUGCUGGCCUCUGUCGGCGCUCGAGCCGUCGGUCCUGCUCCGAUCGAGUGGCCGCUUACUUACACGUGUUUCGACUCCAGCGUGGAGUGUGCCCCACGUCGUCCAGGUUGGAAUCGGUACCCCAUACAGAAAAUUUCCGUCCAUUUAUCGACCUCGGAAGACCUUGUUGUUCUCUGGGGUCGAAACCCAAUCUCGCUUUGCCAUAAUGUAUCCGCGGGGUGCAGUUUACAAGUGGGUUUAUGCCAGAUGGCCUCGGUGCAUCGAGCAGCGCCCAUAUCCUCGACAGUGGGGUCCUGGAAAGCUCGUGAGAUGCCGGCCAGCUCAUGGCGAACGGGGAUUCGUUUAACGAUACAUGGAGUAUUGGCGGGGCCCCUAUUUCCAAUAUCAUGUACGGCGUCUCGGUGUUGUCGAGUAGUUCAGAGCAAGUCAUGGCAUAUGGGUACUUCGGUCUGUCGGACAACAGGUGAGCGAGCGUCUAUCCAGAUACCAAUAUUCUUCCCUUCCUUGAUCUGUCUGGAGCAAAAACUCUCUUGGCAAGAACUUCCCCAAAAGCCCCGGCUGGUCCUCUCAGCCCGAGUGAAGAGUGCCUAGCUAAGUUGUUGAUUGACUCCCCAUGUCGGAAUAGAAGGCCAGCGCUAUCAAAGAAA